CACACCACACAUAUGCACCCGUAGACAUGCACAUGCACAUGAUGGGCCGUGAAUUCUGCUCUAUAAGUUGCGCAUGACUGUGGUCUACACCUCAAAGCCUGGGAACUUAGACAGGUGGAUGACUGACGCUCUGCCCUGCGGACGGAGGCUUCCCAUCUCACUUCCUACCUAGGUACAGGGUGUUUAGAUCGAACCUUCGCUAUCGCUCACCUACGCCUCCUCCUCGCAGCACCUUUGUACUACACCAUCCUUACCUCCACAUCAACGACGAUAAGCAGUGCGCCAGGCCAAAGGUGGCAGCACGAUUGAUUCAGCCUGCUGCGUUGCUCUUUGUCGUAUUAUACUCUCGCCCAUCAUGUUCUCGGAAUAUGCAUCGCGUUUUCUUCAGCAGUCGAAUGCCCGCCUUCAAUUCCAAGAUGACCCACGCAAUUCUACCGCCUCUCGUAGCCAGCUCGAUCGCCGGCGGGCAUACGUGCAACGGCCGUCGAUGCCUGCCCAUACUUCACGCCAACCCUCCACAUCUUCACAGGCCCGAUUUCCGUUCGCCUCGCGGCUUUCGCGACAAGAUCCGCAGGCGCCGCUCUUCUACAGUGCCGCUGACGACUUCCAAGACGAAGAUGAGGGCGACGAACAUGAGCGCGAGGUGGCCGAUUUCUACGCACUGCAGAGAAGCCGGCAGCACUUUGGCCGCAGCAACUUGACGGAAAGCUCAGAGAUGGAGGAUACAGCCACUACGAAAGCUGACUCACAGCACUUCCCAGAGGGACAACAACACGAUCGGCGGUGGGAGGGAAGCAGACUGGAGGGCAAGGCGGCGUCAACUUCACCACGGUCAAACGCUAGCUCUAAAGGUCGGGGGAUGGUGGACGUUAACCUACACAGCGUUGUCGGAGACGACGAACCUCCAGCAUCUUUGGCAAAUCUCUCUCCCUCGAUAGACCCUGACGAGGCACCCGCACCCUUCCAGACAUUUCGCACCUCGAAGACGCCGCGAUCAAGCCAUUUUCUGCCCAGGGAGACUGAUGAGGAUACACAGAUGGCGCACCCUCGACCACCAUCACCUGAUCGUGAGAGUGCGCCCGCCACAGUCAUCCUGCCGUCGAUCGAGCAGCCUCUACACGACGGCUUUUGGGGCAACGUUUUCUUGAUAUCGGAGGCGGCUAUGUUUGCGGCAUUUGUGUUGAUAUGGUUUCACACGUCUACACCCCGGAGCGGUAGUCCGCUCGGCGAUACGGUCUAUAGCGCUUUGAGAGGCAGUAUGAGCAUGCUGCUCUGGGACACACUCAUUGCCAUUAUCGUGGCUCUUCUCUGGCUAUCGCUCUUGCGGAACUACGUGAGGGUUCUGGUCUUUGGAAUCCUCGUCGCGGUCCCCGUCAUAUUAGGAGCCUUCUCGCUCUACCCGCUCAUCAGCAGCUUCCAAGGCACAUACAAUGGUUCGUCAUUUCAAGAUCGUGCCAUGAGAUGGUUCUCGUUUGUGCCAGCUCUGAUGGCCGCAUUCUGGACAUGGAGCGUGAUUCAAAAUCGGCACAACCUUAAUCGAUCUAUAAACAUCCUCGAAUUCAGUACGAAAAUUCUUGCUGCCAGCCCAUAUUUGGUUGUCCUUGGCUUCGCGACUCUCGGUGUCGUUGUAUUAUUCUCGUGGAUCUGGAUGCUCAUGUUUGAGCGCAUCUUCCUGUCCGGCCACAUGACAACUUCGGGCGCUACACGCUUCAUUAUUGACGCCAACAGCUGGUGGCUUGGAGCUUACUUUAUUCUCCAGUACCUCUGGACCCUCGGCGUCAUCUCUGGUGUGCAACGAGCUACUACCGCCGCCGCCGUGAGCCAAUGGUAUUUCCAUCGAUUUGUCUCUCCACAGCCAACAAGCCGCGAAGUUGUGCGCGCAAGUUUCCAGCAUGCCACAACUGCGCUCUUUGGAACCGUCUGUCUGAGCACGUUCUUGAGUCUGCUAGUCCGUCUGCCACUCAUCAUCCUUCCCGGGCGUCUGAGCGGACUAUUGAACAUGUGUGCCUAUUGGAUUAUGCCUGCGUCCCUCGCCGUCCUCACCAAUCCCCUCACCCUCACCUACGCUGCCAUCCAUAGCCAAGGCCUCGGCAUUGCCGCCCGCGGCCUCAGCCAGCUCAGCUUUGUCAGCAAAUCAAACCCCAGCAAUACUCUUGGUGCCAGGAAUUUCCGUGUCUCGCCUGGCGGCGUUGAUCCGGCGAAUGCCUUGCUACCCUACCGUCUCGCCAAGUUGCUGCUUCAGGCUACCCGAUGGAUCAUGUCUCUUGCGCUCGGCUUUGGCGGCUGGGUACGUGCCGCUCGGAGUAUCGCCUACGAAGGUGCUCUGCCAGGUAUUAGAGGCAGUCUGUACGCGUACGUAGUGGGUCUACUCGCAGGAACAAUCGGCUUCGCGGUCUUGGGUGCGGUCGAGAACGUCGUUGGUGCCGUUGUGGAUGCCGCGGUCAUUUGCUGGGCCAGCGAGUCUGCAGGCGGGCAGGGUGAAGCACGGUUCUGCCGGGAAGCGGGCGAGCUUUUUGGUCAGGACGAUGCUCCCAAUAGGCGGGGCGGGCAGAGAGAUGAAGAGGAUGGGGAUAACUACGUCUUGCGGCGGUAAUUUAAGCCUUGCUUUGCAGUGACCGCUUUUGAAUACAGAUACACUAUCGCAGUUUGCUUCAAUCUGAUAUGUAUUGGUGAUCCUACGCUCGAUGGCGAUCGCUCAGCUGACGUGUUUGUGAGAGUGAUAUUGAAUGUCCCCAGAUUACCCUCUCAUU